UUAUAAAAAGUACCUCUCGUUUUAUAUGCGACUCUCAUCCCAUUUCGCUACAAAACUCUUUUUUUAUCUUCCAAUAGUCAGAUUGUCAUUUGUUUCAGUUUUCUCUGCCGGACGGACAGAGAAACAAUAUUCGAGAUCCUGUAAAAACUCCAAAACUUAAGGGUUUCUUUUAGACUUUGCUGCUUCUCUUUCUGUGAUUCAUCUCUUGCAAAUUUAAAUCACAAGAAGAAAAAGAAAAAAAUGUUGCAAAUGGAAGAGGCUAAAGCAGAAGUGGAAAAGAAGGCUUCUACACUCUUAAAGUAUAUCCAAAACAAAAACAAGAUCCCAAAGGGUACAAAGAAGGAGCUGGUUGUGAUUGUCAACGAUCUUCAAGACCAGUGUCAGUUGCUUUACUCUGUGUUCCAUGAUUUGGAGAGUGGUGGAAGAAAAGGAAAACCGGCCGGUGCUGCUGCUUCUUCAUCUAGGUCUAGUUCGGAUUUGGAUUACUUUUCUUCAGAGGAAAUAGAUAUCAGCGCAGGUAAUGUUAGUGAAACAUUGAGCUCAGAUUACGCGGCGAUGCUCAGAAAGAUGCAAGAGACAGAGUUAACAAAUGAAGAUUUGAAGAGACAGGUGAGCUGUCUGAAACAGGAAGUGGAACAGGCGGGUAAUGUCAUAGGCAAGAGAAGCGAGGACAGAGACCAUUUCAAGGGUUUGAUGACAAAAGGUGAAGUAGCAUUAAUGUUGCGUAACCAGAAGAAUGAGUUAGCAUUGCAGCUGAAGAAAAAAACCGAUGAGGCUUCGGAGAUACAUAUGCAACUGAAGCGUUUGGAGGGAGAAAGAGAGGAGGAGAUGAAGGUUAAGACUUCUGAGAUUGACCGUCUUAAGGAAGAGAAUCACAAGCUGCAUACAAGAAUUGCCGAUCUUGAUUCACUACAAAAGGAGAGACAGAUGAAAAACAUCGAUGAAAUUGAAGAUAAGAGUAAGAAACAAGAAGAUAUCAUUCGCCGGCUAUCAAUGGAGAUCAAGGACCAAAAGAAAGUUGUUAAAGAACAGAAAGAGGCCAUUGACAAGUUCUCAGAGGAACAGAAGCUGAUGAAACGUUGGUCAUUUGGUUCUAAACUGAAUACCAAUAUUCUCGAGAAGAAAAUGGAGGAAUUAUCUGAGGAUUUCCAAAUGAAAAUGGAAGAUCGUAUCCGGAUACUGUACAGGAGGAUCCAUGUAGCCGAACAAAUACACUUGGAGAGCAAGAACGAGUACAUGAACACACAAACACAAGGAAACAGAGGAGAUCUCACUCUCUCUGAAAACCAAUUCAAGAAAAUCAAAGAUAUAGUGGAGAAAGGGCUUGCUGGACCAGAGAUGGUAGUAAAGAAGCUUGAAGAAGGCGAUGAUUUAACGACCAAAGUCACCAGACUAGCUAAAGAGAUUGAUUCAGCUAGAAAGUGGGUGCAUGAGAAGAACAGCAAGAUGAAGCAUGAGGUGGAAACUCUGGAAGCAAAGCUAGAGUGCAGUGAAGCACAAGAAACUCUGUUAAAGGAGAAGCUAUCGAAACUAGAGGGGAAGCUUGGAAAGGAAGGAACAGGGAAGAUGAGUGUAGAAAAGGCUAUGAGAAGAAUCAAAAAGCUUGAGACUAAUGUGAAGGAGAGAGAUGUGGAGUUGAUGUGUUUGGGAGAAGAGAAGAGAGAAGCCAUAAGACAACUAUGUGUCUUGGUUGAUUAUCAGCGUUGCCGAUAUGAUGAUCUCAAAACAUCCAUUUGUAAGGUUGCUCUUCAAGCAUAAACUUCAUUUCUCUUUUAUUGUAUUCUUUGUUUGGAUCUCUACAAUUGUAUAUAUUAUAACUCUAUAAAAAACAUUGUAUAUAUUA